AUGCCUAUUACUGAUAUAACAGCUAGGUAUUUGAACUCGCUAGAGGAUACCAAUAAUAAUGUCAAACCAGUUCAAUCACGGACCAAUUCCCCCACUAAGUUCAAACAAUCCAACAACAAUGAAGAUUUGGAUGAUUUAGCAAGAGCAUUGAACAUUACUCCAAGUAGGAAAACCACCAAACCAUCAGUUACAACCACAUUAUUGAGAUCCAAAUUUGAAUCUCCUUCAGCUACUGUUUCAUCUUUCAAAACUAGUGAUUCCAGUAUUGGAUCAACAUCACCAAAGAAAAAUCACUUUGAAAUAGGUUCUGAUGAAACACCUAGUUGGGCAAAUAAAAACUAUAAAGAUGUUUUAAAAAGAUCACCAACUAAAAUCACCACUCCAUUGAAACCAUUAUCAGAACCAUUGGAUAAACCAUCUUCCAAACGUCCAUUCUUAUCUUCACCAAGUAAUAAUGCUUCAAAAGAUUCACCAGGAUAUGAAUAUUUAUGUCGAAUAGAAGCAAUUAAACUGUGGUUAGGACAAGUUUUACUGGAAGAUGUAGGAAAAUCUGCAGUAGAAUUGAUUUCAUAUAUUAGAAAUGGGAUUUUUCUUGCAAAAUUAGCAAAUGUAAUCUUACCUACUCAAAGACAAGUAUUUACCAAUGAUUCAAAAUUACAAUUUAAACAUACAGAAAAUAUUAAUAGAUUUUUCCAAUUAUUAGAUCAUUUAAAUAUGCCUGAUUUAUUCCGAUUUGAAUUAACUGAUUUAUACGAUGCAAAAAAUGUACCAAAAGUAUGGUUUUGUUUACAUGCAUUGAGUUAUAUAUUGAACAAACAAGAUUCAUCUUAUCCUAAAAUAGAAAAUUUAGUUGGAAAAAUUGAUUUUAAUGAUGAUGAUAUUAGAGCUGCUAAUAGAGCUUUGGUUAGUGCUCCAUUACCCAACUUUUCAGGAGCUCAUGGAGGUGACCUUGAUGAAACUGAUGGAGGUACAUAUAUGAAAAAAGUAACUUCUCCAAUAAAGAAAAUUGCUUCACCUGUAAAACAACUAAAAUUCAAACCUUCAACUACUCCAACAAUUAGAGACAAUGAAAAAGUAGAACAAGAAGAAGAGAAGGAAUUAGAAAAACAUGUCGAUGAUGAUCCAUUUAGAGAACCAAAAUCAUCAGCAACAACUCCCACAAAGUCACCGGGUACUCCAGAACCCGUAUUUAAAAUUAGACUGCCAGUUAUUUUGAAUACUACUCCUAAACUGACAGAUGAUUAUUAUACCCCAGAACUUGAACAACACAUGACAAAUAUUAUUAAAUUUCAAUCUUUAGCAAGAGGUGCUGUGUUUAGAUAUUCCAUGUUUGUUGAUAGAAUUUUGCUUAAAUCAUAUGAAGAAGAAUUCACAGACUUGUUUUCAAUAAUUCGUGGUAAUGUUAUCAGAGCAAAGACUGUUCAUAAACAUAGGGACGAUUUGAGAGCAUAUGCUUUUGAAAUUACAGAAUUACAAUCAAUUAUCCGAAGGAAAUUUGUUACCAAAAAGAAACCUGAUCUUACUGGAAUCAAGAUGUCCCAAUUCCAAGCUGUUAUAAGAGGUCAAUUACAAAGAAGUAAACUUAAAAAAAUUAAUGAAAGUUUGGAAAAAUCUAUACCAAAUGUUACAUCUUUACAAUCUUUGGUAAGAAUGAAGAAAAUCUUUUGCACAAGUGGUAGACUUGUAUCUCAUAUUGAUGAAAUUUUACCUUCAUUGAUACAACUUCAAUCAAUUGCACGUACACAAUUGUAUCAUAGAUCAGCUUUAUGUAAAGAUAUUGAUGAAAAACCAGUUGUUGCUUUACAAUCAAUUAUAAGAAGAAAUGCUGUUCUUGAAGAUCUUACCAUUAAACUUUCUCAAGUUCGUUCCAACAAACGUCAGUUUAUUGAAUUACAAAGUAUUGCUAGAGGUGGAAUUACUAGAACAAGGUUGUGUAAAAAUGUUUUGGUUACUUUGAUUUAUGAAGAUGGUAAAUUAAAUGAACUUUUUGCAAAAGUUAGAGGUAACAAGUUGAGAAGACUGGUCAAUGUCAAUAAACAAGAAUUAUUAAGAAUUGAAGAAUCAUGUGUUGUUCCUAUACAAUCUUUAUGCAGAGGAUUACUUUCUCGUGUUAAAAAAGUAUCCACCAUGGAUGAAAUUUAUACCCAUGUUGAUUCAAUCAUAACUUUACAGUCAAUCAUUAGAGGCAAAUUCAUGAGAAGAGAAAUUUAUGAAUUUGAAGAAUAUUAUAGAAAAAAUAUCAAUCAAGUUAUUAGAGCCCAAGCUAUAUUAAAAAGAAUAUUUGAUCAAAAUGCAUACAGAUCAUUAAUUUCAAGCAAAAAUCCAUCCCUUGAUGUCAUUCGAAGAUUUUUACCAUUGUUAUCAAACAGAGAUCGUGAUUUUCAAGAUGAAGUUGCUCUUUCAAGCAUUAGAGAUUCAAUAAUUGACAAGUGUAAGAUUAAUGAAGAUUUGGAAAAUCAAAUUCAACAAUUGGAUAUGAAACUUGCAUUGUUGGAUAAGAAUAAAAUCAGUAUUGAAGAGUUUAUUAAACCAACUACCAAAUCUUAUAGACCAGUUGUGGAAAAUGUUAAAAGUUUAGAACGAUUAACCAAAUCUUCCAAAAAAAGAAUUGAAUUAUAUCAAAGUUUCUUUUAUUUCCUUCAAACAAAUCCAGUUUAUUUAACAAAAUUAUACAAUUCAAUUCCUUAUAACAACAAGGAUACUAAAGUAAACAAAGAUAUGUUUCAAUUAAUUGUUCAAUUAUUCCCAGUUCGUGAUUCCUCGAUAACUGCACAUUCCCGUGAAGAAUAUUUUUUUAUCAAAUUGAUUAUCCUGUUGAUGAAAUCAGAUAUUUCAAAAUCACGAUAUGUUGGAGAUAUAACUAAAAUUCAUUUGACACAUUGGAUUGAAUUCUUGAUGGAUUUUAAUAACCAUACGUAUCAAAGACAACAUUUGAAAUCAUUAUGUGGUAAAUUUGUCAUUAGACUUGUUGAUAGUGAAGAUUUAGAUUUUGAAUCUGAUCCAAGUAGAAUUUAUGAAAGUAUCGUGGCUCAUGAAGUUAAAGUUCAUGGCUUUAGCAAUAGACCACGUGAUAUUUCACCACAAGCUGCUAUUCAAUUACCAGAAGUUAGUAAUAGAUUCGUGAACAAUUUGGUUUCUCUUAGAGAAAAUUGUUCUGAGUUGCUUGAUUUAUUAGAAAUCAAUGCUACCAAGAUUCCUGAUCAUGUAAGAUUAAUUGCUCGUCAAGGUUAUUUGAUGUCACAAUAUCAAUUCCCUGAUAAAUCUGAUCAACAACAUUUAGCAGUUGCUGGGGUUAUUUUCUUGAAACAUUAUAUUGGAACUAUAUUAAGAACUCCAGGAAAAUUUGGUAUUAAUGUUGGACAAUCUUCUAGAAAUAUGGAUAAUCUCAGACAAUUAUAUCGUGUCAUGUUGCAAUUGUUUUCUAUGAAAGUUUUCAGUGAUGAUUUUUUGAAACCUUUGAAUGAAUAUAUUUCUGCUGUUACUACAAGAGUUGAAUCUAUAAUUAGAAUUGUCAUUGAUGUUGAUAAUGAAAUUGAACUGGUUUAUGAAUUCAAUGAUUAUGAUGAUAUAGUUACUCAUCAAAGACCAAAAUUAACCAUGAGUACAAAUUCGAUUAGUCAAUUAGAAAAAAUCAUUCAACAAAAUAUCGAUAUCAUCACUGCUGGUAAUGAUGAUCAAUUAUACAAGAUUUGCAUGCAAUUGAAUAAUUUAAUUUCAACUCCGGAAGAUGUUAUUGCUUUUGCUGAAUUAUCCACUGUGGUAUUAAAUCUUGCUGCAAAUACUGUUGAAGAACCAGUUAUUGAUUCCAAAACAAGAGCACUUUUCACUCAGGCAAAGAGAUGUUUACUUUAUAUUAUCCGAGUCCAAGAUGGUGAUGAUCUUUUAGAAUUGUUAAUAGCUGGAAUUCAACCUAUUCACGAACAAAGAUUUGAAGAAGAAAAAGCAGCUUUAGGUAUGUUUGAAAGUAAAGAUAGAUCACUUUAUAAUAUAUCAAUUGGAGAUAUUUCAAAAUUAAGUUAUCAUGAUUUGAAGAAAAUGUGUUUGGAAAUCAUUCUUAAAUUAGAAUCAAUGGGUGAAUUGACAAGACGUAAUUCAUUCCAAGAAUUACUUAAUCAAAUUGCCAUGGAUAUUAAAACUAAAGAUACUCAAAGAAAACUUCGUAAAGAACAACUUGAAGCUUCUGAGAAAACAAUUAGCAAACUUACUCAAAAGGAACAAUUUUUACGUAAUCAAUUACGUGAUUAUAACAGACAUGUUGAUUCAGUUUUAAAUGAAUUACAAACUAAACCAAAGAAUAAGAAAAUUUUCAAUAUUAUUCCAGUGUUUAGUAAACAAUAUUUUUACUUACGUGAAUUACGUAAAAGAAAUAGAUUACCUAAAUUUGGAUCUUAUAAAUAUUCAGCAAAGAAAUUAAUGGAUCAGAAAGUACUUGUUGAUUAUGCUUUAAAUGCUUCUUCAAGUGCAUCUAAAUUAGAUUUCAUGUUUAGUUGUCAUCAAGCUGGUAAAUUCACUAUUGAAGUAGCAAGUGGUACAGUAAAUAUUCCUGGUGCUUCAAAUACAAUUACAUUAGAUGAAUUAUUAGGAAUGCAAUAUGAAAAUAAGAAAAAAUUUGAUAUGUUUGAUGGUAAAGUGACAUUUGAUUUAGAUAAUUUUAUGGCUUUGAUAUUUAGAAAAUUCUAUGAUAUCAAGAAAGAAUAG